AAAACAUCACUUCCGCCCUCAGUAAUCAUGGCGCCUCCGAGUCGACGACAAUUGCUGAGGUUCAUCGUGCAGUUCGGAGCUUUUAUUCUGACUCGGUUCGGUUUCUGGAAUUGUUUCAGCAUGCUUAUGCUUUUUGCCGAGCGGGCCGAUGUGAAAAGGCAGCCAGAUAUCCAGGUGCCGUACUUGUACUUCGACAUGGCAGCGGCAGUGUUGUGUGCCAGUUUCAUGUCGUUUGGGGUGAAGAGGAGAUGGUUUGCUCUCGGCGCCGCACUCCAGUUGGCUUUGAGCACGUACGCGUCCUACAUCGGUGGACAUGUCCAUUAUGGUGACUGGUUAAAGGUGAGGAUGUACUCGAGGGCCAUGGCUGUUAUCGGAGCUUUUCUAGUGCUGGCCAGUGGAGCAGGAGAAGUGUACAGGCAGAAACCACGCACACGCUCACUACAGUCCACUGGCCAAGUCUUCUUAGGAAUCUACUUAAUCUGUCUGGUUUACUCCCUCCAGCACAGUCAGGAGGACAGAUUGGCAUACCUGCACCACAUCCCCGGUGGUGAGAUCACCGUCCAGCUCCUGGUCAUCCUUUACGGUGUGCUCGCGCUCUCCUUCCUCUCGGGGUACUACGUGCGUUUAGCCUCUCAGAUCUUAGCCGUGCUCCUCCCGCUGAUCAUUCUGUUCAUCGACGGGAAUAUCGGCUACUGGCACCGCACACGUCGCGUCGAGUUCUGGAACCAAAUGAAGCUGAUCGGACACAACGUGGCCAUCUUCGGAGCUGUGCUCAUCCUCGGUACAGACGGAUAAAUGCACAGGAAGUGAACGUCAGCUCCGCGCACGUACUGGACAAUAGCUCCAUCCAAACCACAAACCACAGUUGCUCUAAAUUAUUUGUUAAAUCUCAAAAUAGUGUGGCAACUCUUGUGUUCAAUAUCGGCUACAUCCAAAACCAGACGAGAUACCGUUUCAGACGCUGACCUGCAGCGAUGGCUUUGUAUCUGACAUUAUUCAGUAUGCUAAUGCCUGGUUUUGUACGUGGAGUUGGUAUACCACACUGAAGAGAUGGCACACUAUUUUCACAUACUGUUCUCAGAUCAGAUGUUUAUGUUGCCUGUUUCUCAGGGUUGAAUUGGAAUUCUUCUAUCAUUAUUCUAGAUAUUGACAGGCAAAUUCUUUAUGAAUCCAGUUAAAGAACCGAGAUUUCACCAUGCUACAUUUUUCCCCUGUGGUCAUUCAUUUUGAGGAAAGUCCAGUUUGAACCUUAAAUACCUGUUUACAUUUCAUUUCAGCUUUUCUUUUUUUUUCCUUUUCAUUAUUUAAUGUAAGGACUUAUACAUGUUGUAUUGUUAAAUUAAAGCCUGUUUAAAAGGCUGUAUACUGUUUCUAAUGCUGUACAGUGUGUUUCCAAAAAGCCGAAUAUUUUUUGUUAAUUCCAAGAUUGCACCAUUACUGGCAGCUCAUAGCACUACAUUCUUUCUUAAUGAAAUAUCAUUGCAUCGUUGUUUGUUAAAGAAUUAAUGUUUUCUAUUUGAA